UCCGUUUUCUCAGAGCUUAGACUUCCACCUCAACAACAACAAAAGCAGCAGCAGCAACAGCAGCAGCAGCGGCGGCGGCGGCGGCGGUGGCGGAGGCAGUGGCGGCAUCUCUGCUAUGCAUUUAUAUUUAGUCAUUCGUCACCGGUACGCGUUAUCGCUCCCCUUCAUUCUUGUCCCCUCCCUACUUACCUUCCUUCCUGGCGUUCCUUGCUAACUCUUCCUUCCUUCCUUCCUCCCUCCCUCGGCCCGCCUCCCCUCCUGCCAGAGUGACCGGGCGCGAGUGGCAGCAUCACGCGAGCUGUUUCGCGUCGUGAUCGAUUACCGCGCGGAGUAACAAGGUCGAGGAACUUGAACCCGCCACACUGCGCCACCCUCACUCAGCCUGACCCUGGCGCGAGGAGCAUGACUGACUGACUGACUGGCUGCCUGACUGCCGACUCAGUGAGAACAGACUGUGCUCGUGUAUUCUGCCGCUGAGUGGCGCUGAGCGAGACGAGGGAAAGGUUUAAGUGGCGCGGACUGGUGGAGAUGGUGGAGGUGGCAGAGGUGUGGAUUUCUUGUUGUGUUGGAGGAAUACAUUAGGUGGGCCGCGAGGCCUGAGGCAGCGGGCUGGCGUUACGCUGUGGCCACCAGCCCUCGCCGCCGCCCCCGCGCAUCUCUGUCGCGGCAUCGCUUCCUCAGUCGGGUGUGAGAACCCACAGAGUCCGGGUCUGCGUGUUACGCGUAUCAAGGUCGUGGCGGCGGCGGCGGGAGCGUCCUGCGAAGGGGACACGUGGAGCAGGAGGUCCGGCUGAAGGCUGCGGUCGCCGAGGCAGCGGCGGCCACCCUCGCCCCACGCGGGCAGUGCGGCGCCGAGAAUAGUGUUUGCGUGAUAGCGAGAGGCUGUGACGUGCACGGGUACUGGUGGUGCCAGGAGCCAGCUAGCGGGGCCGCCGGCCCUCACAACAACCACAACCAUCGGCCCAGCACAACACGCCGCCACUGGCCUGCCCGCACGCCCUCACAGACCAGCCCAUAUUGAUCCCAGACUAACAUUGUCGACAACGUGAUGACCGCCACGACCACCGGCCGAGGCCCACGACCGCCGCGGCGAUGGGUCGUAUCGGAGUGAGGGACAGCAGCACCCACUCCUGCCACUGAAGGAACGCUCGGCCCGCCCUGCGAGGUGCGCGGCGCGUCACACGUGGCUGCGCCGAGUGUUGUGUGUCGCCUACGUGCUCCUCUCAACUCCACCGCCUCACCUUCUCUCCUCCUCCUCCUCCUCCUCCUCCUCCUCCACCUCCGUGUCGCCCGGCCGUGGGUGUGGCCGGCUGCCAAGCGUGUGUGGUGGCCCCGUUGGCCGGGGAGCAGUCCCCCAAUCGUGGCGCAGAGACUGGUCAUUCUGGAGGAGCCCCCAGGGUCCCCGGGGGGCACCGAGGCGGUGGCCUCGGCCUCCUGGAAGGUGUCCCGCACCACCUCCUGCGAGAUGCAGCAGCGGGUGGUGACGGGCCGCUUGGAAGCGGCACAAUUCCACCUGGGCAACAGCACGCCGCCAGGGGACACCGCUAACGUGCCCCACCUCCCGGGCCUUCCCUCCCUGCCGGCAUUCCCGGCACUCCCCGGGGAAGCAGUGCGGGCGCCGCGGCGCGUCAUACAACGGCCUGACGGAAGUUUCGUGCCGCAGCGGAGCUUCUCCUUCAGGGAACGCUCAGACUCGCUGGGCGGAGCGAGCGCCUUGCGGCCCCACGAGCCCGCCUCCCCCCACCCACCACCUCUCCAUGGACCUGGAGGUGCCCGAGGCGGCGCGCCAACAGUCCCUGGCAGUGAACCACUCCUUCUCCGACCUCUACGACAUGUCCAGCCAGGGCAAGCUGCCCCGCACACUCUCCACCUCUGCGCUCCGCAUCAAGAGCCGCUCCAUCUUCUGGGAAAAGUUUUGGCAGGGUCCGUUGGAGCCGCGGGUGGGAAGCAAGCUACACGGGGAGGACCUGAUCGUGACCCCCUUCGCGCAGAUCUUGGCGUCGCUGAGGUCUGUUCGGAACAAUUACAUCACUCUCACCAAUGUUUCCACCUCCAAAUCUCGGAGGUCCAGCGCACAGGCGGGCUGCUCCACGCCUCAGCCCAAAAACUUUACUUAUGGAGAUGAGACGUACACGAAGGUGGCGCUGGAGACCCUGGAGGAGUUGGACUGGUGCCUGGAUCAGCUGGAGACCAUUCAGACCCACCGCUCCGUAUCUGACAUGGCGUCCUCCAAAUUCAAGAGGAUGCUAAAUAAGGAACUGAGUCACUUCUCUGAAUCCAGCAAAUCAGGCAACCAGAUUUCCGAGUACAUCUGCACAACCUUCCUUGACCAACAGCAAGACCUCGACAUCCCGAGCCUGCGAGUGGACGAUGGCGAACGGCCUAAGAAGAAGGAUAGAACCCUGUCCGGCAGCCUCGCGGGGAUGUCGUCGGCAGCAAUAUCAGCAGGCGGAGAGAGGAGUGGCCAUGUGUUGCAGUCCAUUGCCUCAGCCUCGUCAGCAGCACAGGGCACGGCAGCAAUCAGCGCGACCAACCGGGUGUCUAUGUCCCAGAUCCAGGGCGUCAAGAAGCCGCUGCUCCACGCGAACUCCUUCACUGGCGAGAAGCUACCCAAGUACGGCGUGGAGACCUGCCAAGAGGAUGAGCUGGGCAAGAUACUGGAGGACAUUGACAAGUGGGGCAUUGAUGUGUACAGGAUCUCUGAGCUGUCCGACAGUAAGCCACUCACCACCGUUACUUACGCAAUCUUUAUGGAAAGAGACCUGCUUAAGACGUUCAAUAUUCCGCCCAAGACCUUCAUCACCUUCAUGAUGACGCUGGAGGACCACUACCUGAAGGAUGUGCCGUACCACAACUCCCUGCACGCCGCUGACGUCACCCAGUCCACCCACGUCCUCCUCAACUCCCCGGCCCUUGAAAAUGUGUUCACGCCCCUGGAGAUCUUGGCAGCCAUCUUCGCAGCUGCCAUUCACGAUGUGGACCACCCGGGCCUCACCAACCAGUACCUGAUCAACUCCUCCUCAGAACUUGCCCUCAUGUAUAAUGACGAGUCAGUCCUGGAGAACCACCACCUGGCUGUGGCAUUCAAGCUGCUCCAGAAUGAAGACUGCGACAUCUUCACGAACCUCGGCAAGAAGCCCCGGCAGACCCUGAGGAAGAUGGUGAUUGACAUGGUGCUGGCGACAGACAUGAGCAAACACAUGAGCCUCCUCGCUGACCUCAAGACCAUGGUGGAGACCAAGAAGGUGGCUGGCUCUGGGGUGCUGCUCCUUGACAAUUACACAGACAGGAUACAGGUGCUACAAAACAUGGUCCACUGUGCUGAUCUGAGCAACCCCACCAAGCCUCUUGAAAUGUACAGAAACUGGGUCUCUUCUAUCAUGGAGGAGUUCUUCCAACAAGGUGACCGAGAGAGGGACCAAGGCAUGGACAUCUCCCCCAUGUGUGACAGACAUACAGCCACCAUUGAAAAGUCACAGGUUGGCUUCAUUGACUACAUCGUCCAUCCACUGUGGGAGACGUGGGCAGAUCUGGUGCACCCCGAUGCCCAGGACAUCCUGGACACCCUUGAAGAGAACAGAGAUUGGUACAACCGCAUGAUCCCUAUCUCCCCCUCCUCCUCCUCCAAUGACCUGAAGGAGGAGGACUACCCUGGAGAUAACUCCCAGGAUGCACCUGAGGAGGAGCUUUGUGCAGCUGCUGACAGGAUCCAGAUUCAGUUUACACUUGACGACGAAGGCAGUGGGAACAGAGGGCCGCCAGGAGACGCUCGGGGGGAGGAUCCCACAAUGUGACCGCUGGUGGCGUCCUACUGUGCCAGACUGAAGCGGAAGGUGAUGCGGUGGCUGCACCUCAAGUGACGGCCCCUGCAGCGGGAGGCAAGGGGCACCGCUGCAUCCCCGGUCCUCCUGCACACCCCUGCCUCUGGCCCUCACCUCCUUACCUCAUGUUGCGAGAUUUAUUUGUGUCUGCCGCGGGCCCUGCUGGUUCGGGGCCGACCGCGUGGGCUUGUGUGAGCUCCCAGUGACUGAGCUAAUGCCUGGCCUCAGCCAACCUACCCUUGCCUAAUGUGAUUUAAUAUAUUCUUAUAGUAUUGAUGGAGAGCCGGUCACAACAGUGAACAGUGCCAAAUCGUUCCUUUUUAAAAGAAAUAUGGAUCCUGUGGUGGUGGUUUGUUACAUGAGAAAAGAGAACAUUGGUGGGGAGUUGUCUGUCACACGAGGACUCUGUUCUUGGGUGGUCAUUCCUUUUAAAGUACCAAUCCCAUGAAGGCAACGAUGUGUGAUGCCUCGAGAGCACAAUUGUGGGGAGUUGAUUAUUCUUUAUUUAUUUAUUUUUAUUUAUUCUUUUUUUUUUCUGUUUUGAGGACUAAGGCUUCUGUGUGGUACAUAUCAGAUAGCAGCAUCAGUAACCAGCACACGAGUAGUGCUUUCACUGUGCCAGUCUGGGGCAUUAUUACGUGAGCUCUUUCGUAACACAGGUGCCUGACGGGGUUUGCCGCUGCCGACACCCAGAGUAAACUUGCUGUCGGAGAAGCCAAAGAUAAUUUAUUGCUUCAACCCCAGUGGACUAAAGAGCCACUGCUGUGACUGCACACUGCAGCUGCUGCACAGCUCGAGGGAUUUAAGUUUGUACAGCAGCUGAGGACAUGGAUGGUGGGUCCUGUCAGGCAAAUGAAACAAAAAAUACAAAAAAUACAAAAAAAAAAAAAUGUCCCUCACUUGAAACUGAUGUAAGAGUUUAGAUAAUAUUAUUGAUUCCCUUUUUUCAUUACUUAUUUUAAGUAGUGUGGAAAAAUUAUUUGCCACCAUUAGAAUUUUUUUUCAUUACUCCUUACUGUGCAAGGUUCAUGAGUAGUUCGUUUUUAAUAUUUUUGCAAUGUCACUUUGAGAUUUUAUUCUUUUGACAGCUUUUUUGGCGCUACCUUAGAUGUUCGAUGAACUUCACUGAUGGGUUUUCACCGACUUUUGAACUAGGUAGCCGUGAAGAAGAGGUUCAGAUUUUAGCAUUUCAUUCACUCUCUGCAGUAAACAACACAGGCACUUUGUAAACCUUCUCUCAUUCUCUAGAUAGCUUUUAUGCUAACAAGUAUUUUCCAGUCUUGAAUCCUUCGACCUUUGAACAGUGUAGCAUUGACCUCAUCAUGAAAUGUGUUGUUUUCAAGGUAGAUGCCUAUAAAAGCAUCAGUCAGCCCAGCUGUCCAUCAUCCUGAAAUGUGCAGUUUAGAAAGAACCUAUAAACUUUUACAAUUGUUUCAGUCUGUAGGACACAUUACUUAUUCCACAUUAUGUUUGCUCUUUUUAUAAUAAAGUAAAUUACUGUCAGCCAGUAAUAUUUAAUUCAAAGUAUAUUAAGUCAGUAAUUUACAUUAUUAAGCCACCAAAUUGGCCUGUGAUACUCAAACCAUUGGACUUGCCUGAAAUGAAGUAAAUCUGAGCCUCUCAAGUAGAAUACUCCCUUGUGAUGAAGAGAGCCUAAUGUGUGUCACGUUCCAUCCCGCGCCGCCCAGUGUCGCUCACCAGCCACACUCCCAGCGCCCCUCGGCUCGGCACUGGCCACACCGGCAGCCCUCCAGUCCUUCCUGCAGUCCCCCGCCCUUCCCUCCCUCCCUCCUUCCCUCCCUCCUUGUAGACAGAUCAUGGCAAUGGGGAAACUCUGAUAAAUAUGCACCACACAGAUAACCAUUUCCAUAGCCAUGAUGUUUGUGUCCACUCAUUGCAGUCAUUUCAGAGAUCAGUGUUGCUCCUGUCUUUAUAAUGUAGUGUACUGUGCACUCCAGCCCUGGCGUUGGCACUGUGCUUGGCGCGCGUGUUCCCUCACAGUGGUGCUCCACAGGCACCGUGAACGGAGCCUCACUCGCCAUCAGAAAAGACAGCUCAAGAGGAGAAAAGUGGGACAGUUUAUCUCUGCAGAUGUUUCCCCACAGACCUGAGGACAGACUCGCCCUUCACUAAAUGCUAAUUAUUCAGAUAUAUAUAUUUAUUUUUUAUAGUAGAAGCAUUAAUCCCACCUUUAUGACAGGGUGACUGUAUGUAGUUGUCUAAUACCAUGUAAAUGUUAAUUUUUCUCAUAAUUUAUUGAAUGGGUCUCCUAUACAUGUGUAUUAUUUUUAAAGUAUUUACAUGUAUAUAGAGGUGCAAGUAAAUAUUAUCAGGUGUAUAAUAAGAUGUAUGAGUAUUUAAGCAGUAUUGCUUAUUAACAUAUUUAUAUAUAUAUAUAUAUAUAUAUAUAUAUAUAUAUAUAUAUAUAUAUAUAUAUAUAUAUAUAUAUAUAUAUAUAUAUAUAUAUAUAUAUAUAUAUAUAUAUAUAUAUAUAUAUAUAUAUAUAUAAUGUACAUACUUUAUGUUAGAUUGGUUGGCACCUCAGGUCUAUUUCACUACCAGGACCAUCUGCACAGACUAUGAUGAGACUCUGUGUAAUAACAUAUUUACAGUAACUAACUAUCCUGUAAAGAUAUGGGACUUUUUUUUCUGUUUUUUUUUUUUUUUUUUUUUUUUUUUUUUUUUUUUUUUUUUUUUUUAAUGGAGAAAUUAUCAUUGUUAUUUGGUGUUGGGUCAGAGUAAAUCUGGCCUGGCCCAAGCUGAGCCUAGGUCAGGGUUAUGUGCUGAUGAGUGACUGUGAUGUUUUGCUGACUCAUAAUUGUGAUGACUGUAACCCAGUGUGAGGGUGUUGGUGUUGCCGCCUGUUGAGCCAGGCGAGGGCAGGCCACGGGACAUGGCUCGAGUUGUGUGUACAAUCUGCUCUGCCAGGCUGAGGAACCAUGUCUGAUUCUCUUAUGAAGAUACCCAGUAAAAUUACCACAGCUGAAGUGGCCACCAAACCAAACCACUUCCUGUGCUCAGUGUGUGGAUCUUAUUGUUUAAAAGUCCAAAUGUGCUAUAUAACUAACUUAUUUUUCAAUUUAUUUUUCUGAAUCCUUACUCAGAAACCUUAAUAUUUUUGCAAAUUAUAUAAUGAGUGUAUAUUAAUAUAUAUUUUGUAUCUGCUUAGAAGAUAUUGGUAUAUAUGUUUGUUUCCCUUCCAUGCACAAUGAGGAUCUUGUAACCAACAGUAAAAAAUAGAAAAAAAAAUGAAAUCCUCCAGGACAUAUUUUAAUUGUAUCAGGAAUCACCUGUGCAGAAUUAUUGUAAAACACUUUUGUCGACUUAAAGGUUGUGUUUCACAUUGUUUAAGAAUAUAUCUAUUUUUAAUACAGUAUAACAUUGUUUAUAUAUCAAUACUAUAUUUGUACUGUUCAAUAAGUCACCAGUAACUGCAGAAAGUGUGUGCUGAACCUUUUUUUUUUCUCUCCUUUUUUUAAGUGUAGACGGAAAUGCAGUAUUUUCACAAGUGUGUUAGACGACUUACUGGUGGAGUUACAUUGGUUACGUCUACAUUAUUCUUUUUUUUUUCCCAUUCAUAUGAUUGCAACAGAUACAAGGCAGGUCCUUUCCUCUGCACAGAGCGCUACAGGGACAGAAACCUGUACUAUUUCACACGUGAAGAAAGGAGGAAGCCAAUGACGGUGGCAACGUUUCUUCCCAUUUACUCCUCCAGGACAUGGAAGAAGUAGGAGAGGUGGGAGGUGUGCGGAAGAGAGGGAUGGGGCUUGGUGAGGGGUGAGGAUGGCAGUAGAGCUUAGAGAAGGGUAACAGAAUGGGAGGAGGGAUACAGAGCAUAGUCAGUGGAGGGUGUGGUUGGAGAGAGAGGUGUUGGGAGACCCUUGUGUUGGGGACGGAAGAGGUCAGAUAGGGUAUGGCCAGCAGUAUACCCGAGUGUACUUCAUGCCAUGUGUACUAUACCCCUCCACCCGUGUCUCGCACUGUGUGGCCACCUGCUGUUAGACUCCAUCACAUUUUCAAACCUUUCAACUUGGUAUGCUUAGUCAAUUGUACAGUCUGUUGUGCCUAUGUAUAUAUGGGUAAUAUGAAAUCCGUAUAAAUUAUAUAAUUUUAUGUAUAAUAGUUAGAAUUAUUUAAUAAAAUAAACUUUUGGAAUAAA